AUGAUUCCAGCCGUGGUCUUGCUCCUACUUCUUUUGAUUCAACAAGCAGCGGCCCUGCAAGAGCCUCAGCUCUGCUAUAUCCUGGAUGCGAUCCUAUUUUUGUACGGCAUUGUCCUCACCCUGCUCUACUGUCGACUCAAGAUCCAGAUGCGAAAGGCAGUAGCCAACUAUGAGAAGUCAGAUGGCAUUUACACGGGCCUGAGCACCCGGAACCAGGAGACAUACGAGACCCUGAAGCAUGAGAAACCACCACAGUAG